AGAUUUGCGAGGUCUUUAUCUUCGAUUCGGUCACGUACUUAUACUUAAGUAGGUACUUCCAUCCAAAGGGAUAAAGUUCUUUUUCUUGUAAAAGGAAGAGAUGGUGAUGGCGGCGGAGGCGGUUGGUUUUGCCUCUGCGUCCUCUGUCGAUGCUGCGACGUCAGUACCUGUGGCUGGCACGGCAGCUCUACGACCGCAGCCGUUCGACGAAAUUCUGGCCAACUACUCUGGAGAGUUCAAAGACUGGGCGUCCACUUUGGAAAAAGCAGGGGGAGGUAAUAUGAAGCCGGACCGCAUUGACAAGGCGAUAAAGAACGCGCAGGUAACGACGUGCGGUAAAUUUGAUGUUACUUUUGCAGACGCUAACCAACGAUAACGAAGUAGUAGGCUCGUGUUGGAGGCAGUCGUAGUGGCGGUCCUUGUUGUAUCCGUAGUCAGUCAAUGGGACGCGUGAAGUUAGCCGCGUGAUGCUAAGCGUGCAAGCUAUGCUCAAGCCUCAACAUCAUGGUGCGCUCCAAUGAGAAAAUCAAAACUUCUUGGCUCAGAUAAGCACUUUUGUCGUCCGGGCGGUCAACCGAAUCCGCGCCAAGGGAGAGGUUUUACCCGCAUCAAGCUUUCCGGAGGAAUUGCGCCAGAAGAUUCGCGUGUUUCUCGGGCCACCCGGGUCAGCCCAGCCCAUCGAAGCAGGUGCCGAGGCGUCAAGAAAGUGCUUGCAGAAGUCCGGGCCAGCGACCGGCUGCGGGCAUGCGCCUACUAUGAGGCACUGUGCAUGGAGGCGGCGCGGCGGGGCGAGGGUUUUCUUAGCGUCACGGCAGAAGUUUUGGCCGCUGCGCCGCUGAGUACUCGGGGAAAGCGGGUCGAGUUCAUCUUUGUGGCCGGGCACCGAAAAUUACCAUUCAAGAUAGAGUGGGAGGGGAUGGGCGAGCGGUUCUAUAGUACUCGCGAAAUUUUCCGGAUGGACCAAAUGCGGCGAUUUAACUCGCUGGACAAGGAGUCACUUCCCGAACCGAGCAUGAUGUUGUCCGGGCCAAAAAAAGUACUAGUUGAUGCGAUAAAUGCUGGGUGCUUUCGUGCGUGCGAGUACAUCAUGGCUCAAGCGACGAAAGCUUUUGCGGCCGGUUCGCCAGAGUACGUUUUGACGGAGGAAGAAUGGAAUGGAGCUCCUCGGUUGCCAAACGGAGACCUUCCUCCACUAUUCGCGCGGGACUUGCACGAAAUGCUAGGGGGGCCGCUGCUGGCCGACCACGUGCAGGGCGUCGCGCGCCUGCUCUUCGCUGAAGACGAUCUGAAGAUGAGUAUUACUGAAGCGGAGGACUGGGACGAGGCGCACCCACGAGGCCGAGAACGUCGUGUUCCAGCGCUGCCAAUUUGCCUACUAGCUCCCGAUUUUGGGCAGGAUUCGGACGAUCAUCAAGUUUGUUUCUUGCUUUGGAGAGGGCGUAAUCUUUAAUGCGUGUUCGUUGUACAACGGGAUUUCGCAAGACCUUCAGUCGUUCCCUCACUCUAACACUACAGGUGCAUAUUGAUCGGAAGAAAACAAACCUUGGCGAAUAGCGAGGCUGUUGCUUGAG